ACGCAUACCUCAGCUCACCUCAGCUCAGCCGGAGUCGUACCCCGCUCGCAUAAUCAUAGCCUCCCCUCUCUCCCUUUCCUCCCUCUCGAGGCGCCUCCCCUCCCCUCUCCUCUCACGCUCAGACACGCGAGCACAGCCAAGAAACCAGCCGAUGCGAGGGCCAGGAGGAGGAGUUGGGCCCGCGGCGGCGGCGUUCGGCCCCGGCGAGCCGCCCCCGGCCGCGGAGGAGGUGGUGGAGGAGAACUCCGGCGGGGAGGAGGAGGAGGAGGAUGGGCUCGAGCUGGGGCUCUACCUCGGCUCCAGGAAGCAGCAGCUGCCGGUGACGCCGGCGCCGUGCCGUAUCCUGACGGCCAGGGACCUGCAGCCGGCGGCCGCGCUGUCCCCGGACUCCUCCGUGUCCUCCUCCUCCCCCGCCGCGGCCAAGCCGGAGGAGGGCCCCGCGCCCGCCGCCUCGCCGGGGAUCCUCGCCUCCGGCCACCCUCAGAGCAGCUUUGGAGUGGUGGGAUGGCCACCAAUAAGAACAUUCAGGAUGAACAGCCUGUUCGGCCAGGCGAAAGACAAUGCCUCCGAUGCCGAAACCAAGAAGGCCGCCGCCGAUGAGUCCGGCUCACGGAAAGACAAGGAGGAGGGCGAGAAGAAGGGCCGGGUGCCCGGGUGGGUGAAGGUGAACAUGGAUGGGGAGGUCAUUGGGAGGAAGGUGGACCUCAACGCCCAUCGCUCCUACAAGACCCUUGCCUUGGCCCUUGAGAUCAUGUUCACCAAGCCAUCCGCCGGUCUUUGCGCCUCUAAUAGCACGAAGUCUCUGAAGCUGUUAGAAAACUCUUGUGAAUACCAGAUGACAUACGAAGACAGGGAUGGUGACUGGAUGCUUGUUGGAGAUGUCCCUUGGGAAAUGUUUGUUGGCUCCGUGAAGAGGCUAAGGAUCAUGAGGACAUCGGACGCCAGUGGUCUCGGGCCACGGUUUCAAGCCAACCACAGAACCGCGGCCUCGACAAGAGGGAGAUCAUGAGGGCAGCACUCAAGUGAAGAGUCAUAUAUCAUCAUCUCUGAUGAAGCUUCGUCCGAGCGAGCAGCCUGACGGCGCCUCUGGCGCAGCCGCUGUGAUUACCUGUGUGCCUAGUUGAGAUAGCAGGAGCUAAGAUGUGCUCCUGCCUGAUGGUGACUUCUUUCGAGCUAGUAUCUAUUCUUUUCCUGUCCCCCUUCAGUUCUGUCUACACUUGGUGAAGUGCUAGCAUAUGUGCUCUUUUUUCUGUCAUA